AUGUCUGAUACCAGUAUAAAUUAUGAUUGGACAUCAAGCGUAAAAUUAUCUUCAACAAGCAAGAGGAAGGUCAAAAAGAAUGAAGGACUACUUCAAACUUAUAUGUUGCUAGGAGGAUAUUAUUUUGAUUUUACAGAAAAAAAAAAUUUACGUGGUGAAAAGAAAUUAGAAUUGGAUAUGACGACAUUGACAGUAAUUAUCGGAUUGGUAACACAUAUUAGGAAAGAAGAGUGA